AUGACUCUCAGUGUUCAGGACUUUGAAUUGAGCUGGGUUCCAGUUAGCCUUACUGUGUAUUCCACAUCUACCACUAUCCUUGGAUCCCAUGUAAUAGCCCAGCCCUGUGACCUACUUGUUUCUCACCUCUCUGAUAUACCUCCGUCCUUCGACCUAGACCAAACCCUGGCUCCAACUGUCAUACUUUCAAAACCCCUGCAAAGCUGUCUCUUCUGUAACAGCUUUGAAAUCCACAUCCAUACUUUCCCACCCCUUUACCCGCCGACCGCCAUUUCCUGUAGCCCUUUAAUCCACCUGGUCCCCAGCUGUCGUGCUAUCAGCCCUCUCGCUGUGUUUGCCAGCUGGAUACCAGAAAUCACCGAGAUCGUAGGCAACAGGCCCAAGUAUGGCGGCGAGUACAAACGUUCACAUGGACGGAGACACAUCGUGGUAUGCGGCCACAUCACCUACGAGUCAGUCAGUCACUUCCUCAAAGACUUCUUACAUGAGGACAGAGAGGAUGUGGAUGUUGAAGUGGUGUUCCUUCACAGAAAGCCACCGGAUCUGGAGCUUGAAGGAUUAUUUAAGCGGCACUUCACCACAGUAGAGUUCUUCCAGGGCUCGAUAAUGAACCCCAUAGACCUACAACGUGUAAAGGUACAUGAAGCUGAUGCCUGCCUUGUGCUCGCUAAUAAGUACUGCCAAGACCCUGACGCAGAGGAUGCUGCCAACAUUAUGCGGGUCAUCUCCAUCAAGAACUACUCUGAUGACAUCAGAGUCAUUAUCCAGCUUAUGCAGUAUCACAACAAGGCAUACCUAUUGAAUAUCCCCUCCUGGGACUGGAAGCGUGGUGAUGAUGUCAUUUGCCUGGCUGAGCUCAAAUUAGGCUUCAUCGCCCAGUCUUGCCUUGCUCCAGGCUUCUCUACAAUGAUGGCUAACCUGUUUGCCAUGAGGUCUUUCAAGACGUCGCCAGAUAUGCAAGCCUGGCAGAAUGACUACCUCCAAGGUACUGGCUGCGAAAUGUACACUGAGACACUUUCUCCGAGUUUUGUGGCCAUGACAUUCCCACAGGCUUCAGAACUUUGCUUCUCCAAGCUUAAACUUCUUCUCUUGGCCAUUGAAGUCAAGAAUGAGGAUGGCACAGAUAGCAAAAUUGCCAUCAACCCAAAAGCCACAAAGAUCCAGCCAAACACUCAAGGCUUCUUCAUUGCUCAGUCAGCUGAUGAGGUCAAGAGAGCAUGGUACUACUGCAAAGCCUGUCAUGAAGACUGCAAAAAUGAAACCCUUAUUAAAAAGUGCAAAUGUAAAAACUACAUCGGAAAUUUGCUUCAAGCGAGCGGUUUCAUGAAGAACUUUAUGCCCCUCGUGGUGGAAAGCGGGCCGGGGAAUGAGGGCGACAAGAUGCCGCUCAGAGAUGGAAUUGCCAACCAGAACAGCAGUAGUGGACAGCCCUUGGUGAAUGCAGCCAAAACGCUAGCGACUGCCAAGAAGAAUGGUGGACGACCCACAGACGCCCUCACUUCCCCCAGCCAGGGCUACAACCGGCCUACCAGCCGCAGCAGUGGGGGAGGAAAUGGUGCCAACAACAGUGGGCUUACAGUAGGAAUUGCAGACGACCAGGCCAAGGACUUUGAUUUUGAGAAAACAGAGAUGAAGUAUGACUCUACAGGGAUGUUCCACUGGUGCCCAGCAAGGUCUUUGGAGGACUGCAUUCUGGACCGCAACCAGGCGGCCAUGACGGUGCUGAACGGCCACGUGGUGGUGUGCCUGUUCGCGGACCCCGACUCGCCGCUGAUCGGCCUGAGGAACCUCGUGAUGCCUCUCAGGGCCUCCAACUUCCACUACCACGAGCUCAAACACGUGGUCAUCGUGGGCUCCGUCGACUACAUCAGACGCGAGUGGAAGAUGUUGCAGAAUCUGCCCAAGAUCUCCGUUCUCAAUGGGUCGCCGUUGAGUCGAGCAGAUCUGAGAGCAGUCAAUGUGAACCUGUGCGACAUGUGUGUUAUCCUGAGCGCGAAGGUCCCCAGCAACGAUGACCCGACCUUAGCUGACAAGGAAGCCAUCCUCGCCUCCCUCAACAUCAAGGCCAUGACCUUUGAUGACACCAUUGGAGUCCUUAAUCAGAAUCCCAGUACUGGUGGCGACACCCUGAGUCCACUCGGCUCCCCCAUAGUGCUGCAGAGACGUGGCUCCGUGUAUGGUGCCAACGUCCCCAUGAUCACAGAGCUCAUCAAUGACAGCAACGUUCAGUUCCUCGACCAAGAUGACGACGAUGACCCAGACACCGAGCUCUACCUGACGCAGCCGUUCGCCUGCGGUACAGCCUUUGCUGUAUCUGUCUUGGACUCCCUCAUGUCUACGACCUAUUUCAACCAGAACGCUCUUACGCUCAUUCGCUCACUCAUCACUGGAGGAGCAACGCCAGAACUAGAGCUGAUCCUGGCAGAGGGUGCGGGACUACGGGGAGGAUACAGCACGCCCGAGACACUUGCCAACCGCGACCGCUGUCAAGUGGGGCAGAUCUCCCUCUACGACGGUCCUCUUGGCCAGUUCGGGGAAAGCGGGAUUUACGGAGACCUCUUCUGCGCGGCCCUGAGGAACUAUGGCAUGCUAUGUAUUGGUCUCUACAGAACACUCCGUAUGAGUCCUCAAUCUGGCGUUGGUUUGGACUGCAGAUUCCGCGACACCUCAAGCUCGUGUGACGCGUCGUCCAAGCGGUAUGUGAUAACCAACCCACCAGAUGACUUCAAGUUGCUGCCCACCGACCAGGUCUUCGUUCUGAUGCAGUUCGACCCAGGCCUGGAGUACAAGCCUAACCGGGGAGACAUGGCCAAGGAUGACAACUCCUGACUCCUCCUCUGUAGCGCCCUCACUGACGGACCAUACUCCUACAUCUGAAAGAGUCCAGCGCUGCACCCACACCACACCAACACCACCACACACCACCCGCUCAUCACACGCUGCCACCCACCGCCCGCCACCUGUGCCCGCCCGUGAGUGCAGCAGCGAAUGGUAGCGGCCACGUGCUGUGCCUCAGCCGUCCUCCCCAGUACAGUAUUUCCCUCCCCAGAUCUCCUGCUCUUCCUCUCUACCUUCCUUCUCACUUCCUCUGCUUCCUUCCCCCCCACUCCCUCCCCCAGUACUAUCCACGCCCCAUUGUAGCCACCCCACAUCCUCCCCGUAUAUCUUCUAGUGGGUUUUUGGUCUGUUGUGUUCCGUAAGGUCCCAGCACAAGAAGAGGUGCCAGACAGACACCUCGCAUCAUGAGCAGGUGGCCCCAUGUGUGCUUUGUCACCCUAAGUUCAUAUAUGUUCGAGCUGUUCUGUGUAUACUUCUUUUGGUUGCAGGAAUGAACUAACAAAAACACCUCAUUUUAUCUUCAGUCUUUGGCAUCUUUGAAUUAUAUGUAUAUCGAUGUCCUGAAUGAGUAUUUUUUGUGUAUUAUUCUUGACUUUUGUGUGGGAUCGCGGACUUUUGAGAUAGGGAAAAAUUCACAGUUGAAAUAGAAUGUUCCAGCUAUGCAAGUUGCUACCUUGACUCACUCGCUAGUGCCCCAGGUGGUAGGGCGUAGCUCCAUUGUCAGACCCGAGUUUAGUGUUCCGUUGUCAGCCUGCACAUGCCCGGCUCACAGACACACCGGCUUUUUAAAGCCGAUCCUGUCAAGUCUCACCUGCAGCAAGUGCUCAUGUAUUCAGGGUCCUUCAGACUGUCCUGGACGCCUGCCACACGCCUGGUAACUCAUGGAUCUCAACGGAAGUGAGUAUCUGAUGAGGAACGAGCUGGGUGGCAGGGACGUGUGGGUUAGUCUGAGAGUGAGGAUGCUACAAUAGAAUGCUAAUUUUUUUUAGCAGAUCUUGUUGAUGAUGUAUUAUCUUUCUGUACUCUGUGCAAAACUUUUUAGAUAGCAAAAGUGGUGUUAUUACUUCUUUCACCUUUUCUCUUGCUGUCUUAUGCUCUUCAUUGUGUUUUCAUAAUGUAAAAUUUUGUUUUUAAGUAUUAUGGAAUAAGAAGUUAUAGAUGAUAAUUUCCUCUUCUAAGCACUCAUAAUUUCAUGUAUAACCAGAGUAUCAAAAACUUCUGGCACAGAGGACAACCACGUUUUCACAAGCACCGUCUAGCCAGGGAUAGUUGUUCAGCAAGACUUAGGUCCAGACAUGUGUUUACAUGCGACUUGUUUAGAGAAGAGUUUGAAUAAAAUAUUGAGUGU